AUGCCGUUUGGAUGUGUUACCCUUGGAGAUAAAAAAGAUUAUAACCAGCCAUCUGAGGUGACUGAUAGAUAUGACCUGGGGCAGGUCAUCAAAACUGAAGAGUUCUGUGAGAUAUUCCGCGCCAAGGAGAAGUCAACAGGAAAGCUCUAUACGUGCAAGAAGUUUCUGAAAAGAGAUGGCCGCAAAGUACGGAAGGCAGCCAAGAAUGAGAUCAUCAUCCUGAAAAUGGUGAAACACCCCAAUAUUCUACAGUUGGUGGAUGUGUAUGUCACCAAGAAAGAGUACUUUCUCUUCUUGGAGCUGGCUACUGGCCGGGAGGUAUUUGAUUGGAUCUUGGACCAAGGUUACUACUCUGAGCGAGACACCAGUAAUGUCAUCCGUCAGGUGUUGGAGGCUGUGGCAUACCUGCAUUCACUCAAGAUUGUCCAUAGGAACCUCAAGCUAGAGAAUUUAGUAUAUUAUAACCGCCUGAAGAACUCCAAGAUUGUCAUCAGCGACUUUCACUUGGCCAAGUUGGAGAAUGGACUCAUCAAGGAACCCUGUGGAACUCCUGAGUAUCUAGCUCCUGAGGUGGUAGGGCGCCAGCGAUAUGGGCGGCCUGUAGACUGCUGGGCUAUUGGUGUCAUCAUGUAUAUUCUCUUGUCAGGGAACCCACCCUUCUAUGAGGAGAUGGAUGAAGAUGACUAUGAGAAUCAUGACAAGAAUCUGUUCCGUAAGAUCUUGGCUGGUGACUAUGAGUUUGAUCCUCCAUAUUGGGAUGAUAUAUCACAAGCAGCCAAGGACUUAGUGGCCCGUCUGAUGGAGGUGGACCAAGACCAAAGGAUUACCGCAGAGGAAGCUAUCUCCCAUGAAUGGAUCUCUGGCAAUGCUGCUUCAGACAAGAACAUAAAGGAUGGCGUGUGUGCUCAGAUUGAGAAAAAUUUUGCCAGAGCAAAAUGGAAGAAAGCUGUUCGAGUGACUACAAUGAUGAAGAGGCUCCGAGCACCAGAGCACACAGAUGGAGCAAAGCCAGCCACGCCCACCGCUGCCACAACAGACAGUGCUGCCACAACAGAGACCGCCAGUGCCCCACCGGCUAAAGCUGAAGCAGAUGGCACAAAACCAGCAGCAACCACUGAAGCAGUGCCGGCUGCAACAUCAGUGGCUCCAGGUCCUGCAGCAGCAAAACCAGAAACGACGCCAGUAACUCCAGGGGAAACUCCAGCAGCAGCAGCAGCAGCAGUAGCAUCACCACCACCUACAUGUAACGGGGAAGAAACCACUCCUCCUAGUGCCACCCCAGAGUCCUGGAAUGAGGAAACUGGCUGAGUUGGGUGGUCGGGCAAGGGUGGAGUUGCACCUCUCUUUGUUGUAUCUCUUUGUAAAUAAUCACUGGCAUGGUACCCCAGUCUCUCCUGGCUUCCUGACUAACCCCUCUGCGUGUGGCUGUCAGACUGUCUGACUUUAUGUGUCUCCAGCUAGGUGCCAGCAGAGUUUCUAUUUUUUAAGUGACAGAGUCCAGAAUGGCCCUGAUGGGCCCAAGUGAACAAGUGGUUCUGGAAACCCAGCCCAUUGCAUGAA